AGGUAUCCCAACUUACUUUAUAGUUCUGGAAGUUAAGUCUUGAUUAAUUUCAGUUUUAGUUGUUGUUUGUUGUUUUGAGUUGAGAGUUACAGGUCAAGUCGUUUUAACCGAACAAGACAGAUUGUUUUCAUUCCAUUGUUUCGUCAUAAGUGUGAUUAUCGUGUUGUGAAUUAAUGUUGCAUACGUAAUAAGACGAUUUGUGGACGUCAUAAUUACACCAUUGUCGCAUGAAUUGUUGCGACAUUGUUAAAGCUAAGCAAGAGUCUGAACAAUCUAGAUUUCGUGGCUUUGCUGAAACUGAAUUUUAACCAUUUCGCAAUAAACAAUGCUUUGGUGGUGACGAUAAAGAAAACAACGGGUUUUCGAGCGCGUCAAAUUUCACUUGUGGCGCAUAAGUGGUUUUAUGUAAAACCAAAAGUCUGUAUUUCCCACAUUCAAAGUUUUGAAUCCUAAUUGUUUUAAAAACUUUGUUAAUUUAUUUUAGUUAAAACCUAAUAGUUACGUAAUAAUUCAAAAUCACCGGAGGCUAUUAUUAGAUCACAAACGUCCUUGUUGAGUCAAAAUCAUCACGAGUAAGGUUAUUGUGACGUCAUAAUGCCCACCGAUUCCGAGUAUGGUGACGACAUAAGACUAUUAGAUGACCUCACGAGGUUAAAGUUGAGACUUAUUGACAAAAAACUACAUCAUAACCAUCAUCAUUCGGCACGUCACUACCGCAGGAGGGCGCACUCACCCGAUUAUUCUCCGACACCACCUCUGCUACCUGAACGUCGACGGGAUAUUUUCAACAGAAAAAUCGACAAAAGAAACGAACUGCUACAGAAACUAUGGGAAGAGCUUGGACCACAUCAACGGAACUAUCGCCACGCGAGGUCGCUACCACCACUUUCUCCUCGACCAAUGACAAGGCUUGAAGUUGUUGCUCCCUGGAUGGAAGAUCAGGCUUGGAAUAAAACAGGGAAUACUAAAAAGGACCUCAUGGAAUUGAUGCUGAUACAGAAUGCACAAAUGCAACAAUGGUUGAUGACGCAAACGCUGCAGAAAAGUCAAGCAGCCGUCGAUGGUGAAACAGGGACACACCAUCAUUAUUAUAACGGGGCGGGUGGAAGACAAUUACCGCCAAUUAAACGAUCGGACGCGGGAAACCAGUAUCCUCAGGAUUUCUUCAGCGAAGAAACUAACGCUUCAAAUGUUCGUGACGUGGGCACAGGGGGGCGCUCAAGAGAGAAUUCGCCACAGAAGGGAAAAAACAGAAGAAAGAAUAAAAGAAGUAGAUAAAAGAAACAAGAUAACAAUUCUAUUAUUGCGUCACAAACGCAAUAACACACACGUGAUAUAUUUAUAGGGUGACGUAAUAACUAUUCCUUCGUUUACCAGUUUAACCUCAUAGUCACUAUUGUGAUGUCAUUAACGCUUAUGUUUCCAUCACAAUUGAGUGAUAUUAUGAGCUAAGCAACUUUGUAAUUCCCGCAUUUUCAAUUCUUUUCAAUUUAACGAAAAUGUCUUCAAUUUGUUGACGGUUAAUAUUAGUUUUGUUUAGUUUUAUAUCUCGCUUUGUAAGAUAAACAUAGAUAUCGUAG